AUGGACGAGGGGACGAUUCCACAGUGGGGGGAUUUGUUCACGCAAGAUGACAUUAACUCUGCCAUCAAGAUAUUCUCAAUAUAUGCGGAGCAUGACGAAUACAUGAAGCAUGCCAUGACGAACCCCGACCUUGCCAAGUUGUUCGAGCUAGCACGAAAGACUCUGAUUCCGUCCGAAAAGGAAUUGAAGGAGCGGAGAAGGAGGCGAAAGCAGGAUAAGAGGGAUAAAGAUAAAGAGAUUUUAGCUGUGGCGGGGAUUCGACAAAUGCGGAAAGUGAAGAUGGUGGGCUACACUGGUGGCAGUGUGGAUAUUCCUAUGCCACCAAGAAUAGGCACCCAAGAAGCCAACGAAGCAUUUGCCGCUGAGGAUGAGCAGCGAUUGAUAACAGAGACUGCAGCAGAAACCUCAGCGGUCGUUGAGGGAGAGGACCGUAGCGCAACCAAAGUAGCUGAUGGACAAGCAGUUACAGCUGACACCGAUCCAGUACUCCCUCCCCUUCGGAAGCUUACUUACAAUCGUGCAUGUCACGUAUGCGGCAAACCAUUCCGAGAAUUGCACCAUUUCUACGAUCAGCUAUGUCCCACCUGUGCAGAUUUCAAUUUCAUGAAGCGGUUUUCGGAAGCGGAUAUGCGUGGUCGAGUGUGUAUCGUUACUGGAGCUCGCGUCAAGAUCGGCUACUGCAUAGCAUUAAAACUUUUGCGUAUGGGAGCCAUCGUGAUUGUUACAACUCGCUUUCCCCAUGACGCUGCAUCGCGCUACGCAAAGGAACCCGACUUUCUCUCUUUCAAAGGGCGGCUGGCCGUGUACGGAGUAGAUUUCCGGGACAUUCCACUCAUGCAUCAUUUCUGCCGAGAAAUCACUGAACGAUUCCAACGAUUAGACGUCAUCAUCAACAACGCUGCACAGACUGUGCGUAAACCACCUGCAUAUUAUGAACAUUUGAUAGAAGGCGAGGCAAUAGAUAUUCCGUCAGAUGUACGAGACGUUAUCGACGUUGUAGAUGUUUACCGUGCUCGGAAUGGUGGAUUCAUCUUUGGACAUGGAGGAAAAAAUGCCCUUCCUGCUUCAGCCGUUGCACGACUGGAGGAAGUGAUUGAAGACGAGGACGGUGUUCGAUCUCUUGGGGUCGCUCUGCCAGCUAAACAGGCAAUCGCUCAUCUACCUGAGGUCAACAUGUCUGCGGCGAUGUCACAACUUGCCCUUAUUGACAGUGAUAUCAAACCUACCGCCAAGGUGUUCCCUCCCGGCUUAUACGAUCGUGACGAUCAGCAAGUGGAUUUGCGGGGUGAGAAUUCCUGGACACAAGAACUUGGGCAGAUUAGCACGGUGGAAAUGAUGGAAUGUCAUGUCAUCAAUACUUUUGCACCCUGGAUUCUGAUAUCUGAAUUGAAACCGCUUAUGGAGCGAAGCGCCAAAGUGGAUGGAACAGACGGUAUAUGCGAUAAGUUUAUUGUCAACGUUUCAGCGAUGGAAGGUCAAUUUUAUCGAAACAAAACAAUUUAUCAUCCUCACACAAAUAUGGCGAAAGCUGCCCUCAACAUGAUGACCCGCACAGCAUCGGCCGGUUUUGCAGCGGUGAAUAUCUUCAUGACCGCAGUCGACACUGGAUGGAUUACAGACGAAAAUCCUGUAGACCAGUGGCACAAGCGUGAACACGCACCACCACCACUAGACGAAUGGGAUGCGGCCAUGCGUGUCCUGGAUCCCGUUUUAAUGGGUGUUCGUGGAGAAGAGAAACUCUGGGGGGCCUUUUUGAAAAACUACAGACCAACGCGGUGGUAGGAAGUGUAUAAUUUAUUGAAACCGAUAUAUGGGUGAAACGGUCCAUCUCUUGUGAGCCAACAGACUCAGGGUGACAACCGCAGAGGGCAAAUGCAAAUUAGAAUCCUUGUCAUUGUCCGUGCAUGAACCAUCAUGAUAUUUAUCCGAUUCUCAGUUGGCCUGUUGAUGAACAGGAAGA